AUGGAGUCGAGCGAACCCCAAAGUGGAACCCCUGCACCUUACGGCCGGGCUUGCAUCAACUGUUCCCGUGCGAAGAGCAAGUGUAUUUUGAUUGGCGUUGGAAAUGGCUGUGAAAGGUUGGCAUCGUCGAAGAUGAUAGAGACAUUGUUUCAAAAAAUCACGAUGCUCAUUCAACAAAAGCUGCUUAUCGAAGUUGCGCCGAGUAUAGAUAUGCUCCUUGGCAUUAUGACAUUCAUAUCUUGGACGACUUACUCUCGGAGGCCAUUUCUGAACUUCUACGCGCAUGUGCUGAUGGGGUUGGUGUGCGACCUUGGUAUCAACCAACCAGUCGCGCAAGAGCCUUCUACGAUGCAGACUUUCAAGUGCGCGGUCGGUUGGAAACAGCAAAUUCCCACCAUCAGAACUUUGGAAGAGCGACGGGCAGUUCUGGGAUGCUUUCUGCUCACUUCGAGGCAUCCCUUUAGUAUCGCAUUGACCAUGUCCAAAAUCGACGCUUUGAGAUGGAACCCUCACAUGGAGGAGAGUCUGACCGUCCUCAUGGACGCCAAGGAAUGCCCGGAAGACGAACUCUUAGUCACGCUCGUCAAAAUUCAGUUGAUCAUGGACAAAGUUUACCACAUGCGACGGGACGGCGAGAACAACACAUAUUCGCUGCUGUAUACCAAGGCAUUCCAGUCGCAGCUUGACUCGGUGAAGUCUCAAAUUCCCCAGCGCUUACAACAAGAUAAAGCUGUUCUCUUAUACCUUGCCAAUGCUGAAAUCGUGAUUCACGAGGUCGCCAUUGCGACUCCCUCAUUACCCAACUCCCCCGAAAUGCACCGCCUCGAAAGUCUAUGCACAUGCCUCCAGGCGUGCAAGUUCUGGCUGGACACCUGGCUUGAAAUAUCUCCAGAUCAUCACAUUGGAAUUUCAUUCACGGUAUUCUACCAAUUCUCAAGGGCUUUGGUCAGCUUGUACAAGCUCUCCACCUUGGAAGAUCCAGCCUGGGACAGAAACAUGGUACGAAAUACGGCCAAUGUCCUUGAAAUUCUCGAUCGCAUUCUCUAUAACCUGAAAAGGAGUUCUCGCAUCAUGUCCGAUCCCGAUCACUUGGAAUACAAUGUCUAUGAGAAGGGUGUGAAGAUGUUACAAGCCAUCAAACAGGGUUGGGAGCCAAAGCUGAUGGAGGUCUGGUUUCCCAAUUUGCCAACAGACGUAAUCAGCAACCAAUAUGUCCCGACUUCUCCGCUGCCUGAAGUGUUGCCGAUGCCUGGGUUCGACGAUGCGUGGAUGCUGGAGGUUUUUGGUUCAAUGUGA